AUGGAAUCCGAAUCUCCUUCAAAAUCGAAGCUUCCAAUUAUGGGAUUUAUUCAUAAUCCCAGAAUGCUAAAAAGCAGUAUAGCCACUACCCUCGUGGUCAUCUUGAUCGUAAUAAUCAUUGGUGGAUAUUUUAGUUUUAGACAACCCAGUAUUGUGCGAUUCAGUAGGAGUUCAUAUUUUACUGUUGUCUUUGAUUGUGGAAGUACCGGCACUAGAGUAAAUGUGUAUGAAUGGAUGGUGAAGACUUCCAGUGAGAACAAUGGAGAAUUGCCUAUUUUAUUGCAUAGUUUUCCGGAGAAUUUGACGAAGAAUAAGAGUUGUCAGUAUCAUUGUAUGCAAACAGAGCCAGGGUUGCAUAAUUUUGUUGGUAAUGCUUCAGGAGUAAGGGCAUCUUUGGAGCCAUUGAUUAAUGAUGCUAAACAAUGGGUGCCUUCAGAGAGACGCGGCAUCACUCCAAUAUAUGUUAUGGCUACAGCCGGGAUGAGGAGCUUGGCAGUGGAGGAUGCCCACCGGGUUAUGGAGGACGUGGAGAAUGUAGUGAAAGAACAUGGUUUUCUGUAUGGAAGAAAAUGGAUCAGGGUGUUGAGCGGGAAGGAAGAGGCAUAUUAUGGUUGGGCUGCUUUAAAUUAUAAAAUGGGUGUGUUCGGGAAUUCAUCUAGAUCUUCCACGUUGGGACUUCUUGAUUUGGGAGGCUCAUCAUUGCAGGUGGUGGCAGAAGUAGAUAAUAUAGUUGAAAACGAGCAUGUUUUUAGAUCAAAGAUUGGGUUUGUUGAACAUGAUAUUAUAGCGUUCUCAUUCGCGUCAUUUGGAUUGAAUGAAGCUUUUGAUCGGACUGUUGUUAUGCUCAGUCAUACUCAGGAGCACAGAGAAAGUAUCGGAGGUAGGUUUGAAGUCAGACAUCCUUGUCUUGGGGCUGGUUUCUUGCAAAAUUAUACUUGCCAUGGAUGCUUGAGGCUAGAUUCUAGAGAGUUGGGAAACUUGAGCAUUAGGGUUCAAGAGAAUGAGUUGAAAACUAUCCUCCUGGUUGGGGAACCGAACUGGGAGCAGUGCAAAGUACUUGCCCAAGCAGCUGCAAUCAAUUCAAGCACUUCAGAGUGGUUACACCAAGCAUAUCAUUCAAACUGCAUAGGCCUUUUUGAUUUUGGAGGGAAAAAAUCUCUCAAUUUAACAAAAAGCUUGCACUCAGUCCGGCGUUAUCACGCAUUAUCCGGGUUUUUUGCCGUCUCCAAUUCAUUAAAUUUGAGCCAGAGAGCAAACUUUACAAAGAUGUGGGAAUCAGGCCAGCUAUUAUGUUCUAAAUCAUGGGCUGAUCAAACAAGCAUCAACGUACAGUAUUGUUUCCGAGUCCCCUAUUUGGCAUCUCUUGUCGAAAAUGCACUGUGUGUAAGCGGUAUGGAAAUAAUUUUUGGACCCGGAGACGUUUCUUGGACAUUAGGAGCUGCACUAAUUGAAGGAGAAUUCUUGUGGCUUAAUAAUAACAAAUCCAAAAAUGGCAUUUUAACAUUGAAAAUCAAGGAAAUGAUAUCUUCCCCUGUACUUGUAUUUGCUGUGUUUUUAAUCCUUCUCUUCAUAGUUUAUUACAGUCAGAUUAAGGUUCCCAUGCUUGGCAGAAAGGUUGCUGCUGCCAACGUAUCAUUGCCUUCAUAUUUAUAUCCCAAACGUCAGCCUAACUAA